UUAAAUUUCCCAACACUAUUGUCAAUGGAAGAUGUGUGGAGGACCCUAGAUCAAUGGCAUCAUAUUUAAUUAGUACUUCACUUUUAGGGCUUGAGAUAGCUACCAACCGUGAUAUUAUUGGCAUUGCAUUAGCCAAUUUGAUUGGGCUUCAUUGGAAACAUGCUUCAAGAUCAAAUCAUGGAUUGAUGCUGACUUCUCCUCUUAGGCAUGUUCAUAAUGCCAGUGAGAAAACUAACAUGAUUGAUAAAUCCAAUGUCCCUUUGUUGCGCCCGCAAGAUCUUAGGCUGGCUAUCAUGGCUUCAGAAAGAUUGUUGAUACUGCAGCCACAUAAUUGGGCGCUGAGGAGAGACCAUGGAAUGAUGCUGUAUUAUAGUAGGGAAUAUGGCAAGGCAGUGCAAGAGCUUAGCAUUUGCAUGGCCUUUGCUCCUGAAGAAGAGGCAGAGAUCCUUGAACCAUUUGUCGAGAAGUUGCAUUUAAUGCGGCUGGAAUCGUUGUGGAAGUCGUUGGGGCAUGCAGGUCGACUGACAGUUCCUUGAGUUUUGAACAUAACCAACCUUCAGUCCUCCUCUAUUUCAGUUUAGAGGAUGAACCGAUGAACUCCGAAAUAUAGAAUUAUGGAUAGGAGAUGUAGGCAAAUCCCAAGUUGAAUUUGUCUUGAACACACUAAACAAGGGAAGCUGUCAGUCUACCCCUUCA